AAUUGAACAUGAAAAUAACUUUUGUGGUCUUCUUACUGGUCUUGGGGCUUGUACUGGGGAUUGAGAAGGGACAAGAAGAGAAAGAGGGUUUAGAUGCCAAGGAUCUUCUCGACCAGAUAGCAGAUCUGUCAAUUCAGGAUGUUUAUGACGACUUCCAAGAAAUAUUGAAUAUGAGUGAGGAAGAAAUGAAAGAGCUAGUUCGAAGUCACAAAGAUAUGUAUGAAGAACGAGGCAUUGACAUUGAAAAGUAUAUAGACGCUAAGCCAGGACAAAUGCCGACUAUUGAUCAAAUGAUCGAAGAUUUCGCAUCAAUGAUGUCCUUUAUGGACACUGGAGAGAAGGUUGAUACUGAAAUUUUGAAUCAAGGAGAGGAGAGAGCAGAAAUGAAACUCAAAUUGGAAGAAGAACCUGAUAUGAAUCAAAUCUAUUAUGCCAGAAUAGAGGCUAUUUCAUCCGAAUACAAAUAUCUUAUUCCUGAAUUCUUUGACUUUGUAUAUAUACACUCAAAGUAUUACUCUAGAGUAAAAGUGACUUGGGCUAAUGAAUUACCUCACUUAGUAAUCACCAAUCAAGAUAAAAAAGAGAUUGUGAACGAAAUGAUAGUAGGAUGGAACAGCACAGAGAUUAUAAAUGCUCUCUCAACAUUCUCCAUCACCAAAGACAUAGCUGAGCUCGACUCAAUCGAAAAUAUCAUUGAAGAAAUCACAGGGGUUCGGCCAUAAUCCCCAUAAGAUACAAUUCUCAACCCGA